AUGUCGUUACUGGUGGUCAAUCGGCGUUGCAAAAAGGUUGACAAAAAGCAUGAUGGAAAAUGCAUUCAGGCCUCCUGCAGCACGUACUUCUUGUCUUCGGGGAAAGAUCUUGCUUGUCCCAGUACAUUGGAACCCGUCUGUGGGACUGAUGGUGUGACUUACCCCAACGAGUGCUUACUCUGUAGAGAAAUCUGGCGUCGCAAAGCAGUUGACAAAAAGCAUGAUGGAAAAUGCGUUCAGAUCAACUGCGCUGGCUACCUGCGAGCAACCAAUGGUGAUGACAAUAUCUGCACCCUGGAGUACAACCCAGUCUGUGCGACCAACGGGAUUACCUAUGGCAACCAGUGUGAAUUCUGCACUGCAGUGGCAAGAGCUACUUGCAGCAUGAAGGCCACAGGUGUCUUAGUGCUUCUCAGCUUGCUGUUGCUGUCUUUCUUCUCCGGUCACAUCAGUGCAAUCAAUUGCAUAUGUCCAGCUGACCCAGCUCCAGAAGAUGCAGCAGGUCAAGACAUUGAAGAGAUUUGUAGAGAGUUUACAAACAGAAGUGUGUACUGUACGAGGGAGUCCAAUCCUCACUGUGGCACGGAUGGCGUAACGUAUGGAAACCGGUGUGCCUUCUGCAAGGCAGUUCUGAAAAGUGGAGGAAAAAUAAGAUUGAAGCAUCUGGGGACAUGCUGAAUCCUCACUGUCACUAAGCAUUAAAAGCUGAUCAACCUUCAGCAACGGUUGCAGACACCUGUGCGUAGACAUGGGAGCAGCUUGCCCUCAUC